AUGCAGUGGUUCCUACCAAAAGAUCCCGGACCUCAAGGUGAACAAUUUACUGGCAUUUCUGGAAUGAAAGAUAUAUAUCAAGAUAUUUCAUUAGAUGAUUUGCGCGACAUUGACUUACUAGAAGCUAGUAUUUUUGAUGAAAUUGCUAGAAAAAAUGGAGAAUCAGAAAUUGAAGAUUAUAAUAUCUAUCUUUCAAAAAACGCAAACAUGGCGGUGGUGACGUGUACUACAAUUGGGGAGUUGUACAAUGAUACGUCGGAACAUGAUGAUAAUGGAGUACUAGAAAGACUUAUACAGUUGGUGAAGAACAAUUUCCCAGAGGGUUGGCGUGAAUGGAAGGUUGCAAGGCAAUCCAAAGAAGAUACAGUUGGUGCAAAUCCGGAUCCACAACUUCUGAAUAAGUUAAGAUAUGCUCUUCCCACGAUUGGAAUAGCUACACUUUUAUCUGAAAGACCGUAUCAUGAUUAUAAAGUAAAAAUGCUGGAUUGGGCGUUUGUAGAGCGCUAA